AUUAACACAAAUCACGAAAAGUAAACUGUUACAGGUUUUGUGGCGAUAAAGACAUAUUAAACAAAAAAAUAACGUACUUUAAGACCGACAAUGUCUUGGAACCAUGGCCUACCAUUUUUACCAGGAAACACCUUUCGGGAUGUUACGAAGUCAGCCUUCCAUCGUCCCCAGACACUGGACUUUAAGAAUGGCUAUGCUUUCCGCCGUAAACCCACUGUGGGCAUUGAACAGGAUCUUCUUUUAUCAGAGAAGUUGAUCCAACAAGAGAUCAGUGAGUUUUCCUUGACACCAGACGUCUCUUAUGGUUCCUUUGAACAGAGCGUAGUAAAAGAAUUCAUCCCAGCCUAUGUGGCCCUUGACAAGAAGGUGUUGUGCUACUAUGCAUACUUUCAUGAAAAUAUCCCCUUUUCAGCUGAAGAGGAGUUCUGUGUGCGUCCCGUGGUAAUUAACUACUAUCUUGAGGAUGACACAAUGUCCAUGGUCGAGCCCAUGGUGGAGAAUUCUGGGAUGCCGCAGGGGAAACGGGUCAGUCGCCAGCGUCUGCCCAAUAAUGAACAUGGACAGCAUUACCAGUGGACAGACCUCAAUAUUGGCAUGGACCUGGAGGUGCACGGAAUCAAGUACCACAUCACACAUUGCGAUGCUUUUACAAAGAAAUUCUUGGAAAGUGAGGGCUUUGUUCUGAAUGACCCUGAGCCGAUGCCUCAGGCCAAACAUCGCAAAAACCCUCAGCCUUCACAACCCUCAGCCUACACAACACCCUCCCAAUUUGACAGCAGGUACCAGUUUCUUACCAUGGAUCCUAAGGUGCUGCGUUUCUUUGCCCUGUGGGAAGAUGCUGACUCUCUGUUCGGGGACAACAGGCCUGUUACCAUCCAGUAUUACCUGGCGGACGACACAGUGGGGGUCAGCGCGGUCCGUGAACCCAACAGCGGACGCGAUCCCUUCCCUAUCCUGAUGCACAGACUGAAGCUACCCAAGAAAAUCAAACCAGGGUCUGAGACCUUUCCCAGCUGUGUGCUGGAGGCUUCAAAAGCGGAAGUAGAUGAGUACUACUCCCCCAAAGACUUCCAUGUGGGUCAGACGAUAAAGCUGAUGGGCCGUCGCUUCCUACUUUAUGACUGUGAUGGCUUCACUAAAGAGUAUUACCAAAAGAACCAUCCUGAUAUGGAGAUGAAACCCUCAGGGGUACCAAAAAAGACUGACCUGCUUCAGGAGAGAAAGGAGGUUCCUCCCUAUAAUGGAUUUGGUUCACUUGAAGACUCGCUCCAGAAUUGUUUGUCUUUAAUUCCUAAGACUCCCAAAAAGAAUGUGCUAAAGAUGCUGGAAAACCAACACAAAGUGUUGCGCUACAGUGCCAGACUGGACUCCCAGAAUCACGCAGAUGAGGACCGAUGUUUCAUACUGUCCUACUUCCCGUCCGAUGACAUGAUCAGUAUUUUUGAAAAGCCCGUCCCCGGUAUCCUCGGUGGCCAGGUCCUGAAAAAGACACACGUCCCCAAGCCAGGCUCUACAGCGGACAAACCUGAGUUCUACUCACCUGCAGACUUCGCUAUUGGAGCCACUGUGAAGGUUUUCAGCCGCCGCUUUGUGUUGACCAAUGCUGACCACUUUGUGCUGACGUACCUGGAGUCCAGCACACGCCAGAUCCCGUGUCAGACGCUGGAUUCUUUGCGACAGAAGCUGGGUGUGGCAACUGCAAAUAACCAGCCAGCUGACCAGAAUGGUAAAAAUCGAAACAGCCAUCUAGUUGACAAUGUAGCAGAGCCAUCUUCAUUAUGUGAGGGAAGGCUGGAUUGCCUCAAAAGUUAUUCACUCCCCAAUAAAUCACAGCAAAAUAAAUCAAAGUCCUUGCUGAAUCUUUCGUAACAGAAUAAACACUGGGCCUGCUGCAGAAAAGGUGAUUUGAAAAAAGUGUUUUGGCAAAAACUGACAGCUUCUCAACUGUUGUUGGUGAGAUCGAGCUCAAAAUACCUUUGGGCAUUUACCAAGCGGUGGUCAAGGCCUACCCUAAAAUCUGAUUGGCUACUUCAAAAAUACAAAGUUAUGUUUGAGGCGGGCAAUCAAAUGUACAUUUUAAUCUAGAAAACUAUGUUCCCUCAGCAACAUAAAACAAACAGAAGACCAAACCAGGGACACUUUUAGCAUGCUGUAAUUAGCAUUUAGCUAAAAGCAUAGGUGAUGGGACUCCACCAUGCUCAGUGCCACCCUCGGUUGAGUCCAGCUGCAGACACCCAAUUCAGAAUCACUUGAACACACUGUUUACUGUGUUAUGAAAGAACAUUGGAAAUGUAGAAAAUGUCUAUGUAAUUCUGCAUGCAUUUGUCUCUAUUUACCAACUGGCAAUGCAUGAAUUCUUCAUUGCUGCAAAAUAAAACAUU